ACCCGACCAUGUUUCUCGCAGCCGUUCUCAACAUCUAUGUCCAUGUUCAAAGCUGGUACUACUCCUGGAAGGGAGUAUUAGGCACCCACGUACACUUUUUGCCCUUCGGUCUUGUUCUAAAAGUCAGUAGUGAACCCACUGUCGCACACGAGGGCCACAUCAUCAACUUCGUCCGGACACACACGUCUAUCCCCGUUCCCCGUGUCAUAGCCGCAACUGCGUGGUAUGACCUCAGAUUCCUGCUCAUGGAGAGGGUACAUGGCGAUAAUUUGCAGGCAGUAUGGCGUCAUCUCGAUACCGAGCAGCGCGCAAACAUCGUCGAACAGAUACGCUCAUUCGUCCUCCAGCUUCGAGCUCUAAAAUCUCCCCAUGGACCAGCCGUAUGCGGUCUGAAUGGUGCUGCUACCAUAGACAGUCGCGUAUCCUCGUAUCCGAUCGGACCCUUUGCCGACGAAAGCGCAUUCAACGACUGUCUCAUCGACGCCGCAGAACCAUAUCUAUGCGAGGAGAUUCUUGCAGACGUCCGCACUCGCAUGCGUGAUGACCACCGGAUUGUGUUCACGCACGCCGACCUUGCACCUCGCAAUAUCCUCGUGCAUGGUGGGACAAUAGCGGGCGUGAUAGACUGGGAGGAGUCUGGAUGGUAUCCGGAGCAUUGGGAGUUUGUCAGGUCAAUGUAUUAUCCAACCCCGAGACACGAUGAGAGCUGGCUACAGGCUGUGCGGGAUUUCACUCCCGAAGACUACGAGAAAGAUUGGCUCGUAGAUCGCGAGUUGUCUGAGCGGAUGGUCGGCGCUUUCUAAGGAUACUCGAUCAUUCUACAUUUGUUGUGAAGUAUCUUAAGUCGCAUGCAUUGUUUUCAAAGG